AUGAUUUUGCUUUUGGAACAAACUGAGACCAAGGAUCACGUCAAGCAACAGACCAAGGAUCACGACACCCGGCUUCAGAGCCUCCUUAAGAAGCUCUUUGACGAGCCUCAGAACGAAGGUGCAACGUGCUUGUACGUGAGCUGUCAAGAGAACCAGCUCGCCUGCGUGGAAUUUUUGGUGGCCAUCAAAGCCGAUCUCAAUAGGCCAACCGACCGCGGGUUCACGCCCGUGGAGAUUGCAGUGCUGAAGGGCAAUGAGGACAUAGUUGAGCAUCUUCUGCAAGCAGGCGCAGCAAUCAAGAGGGCCGGCGAACCGGCACAGAAGGGCGCCAGCCGGCCGCGGACUACGCCCCUACUCCUGGCUGCACAACAGAAGAGCCUCAACGCAGUCAAACUUCUCCUGAAGGCGAACGCUGAUCCCAAUGAGGUCUCCCAAAAAGGUUGUUCCCCGCUGAUAAAGGCCUGCCAGAAGAAUUGCAUUGACAUUGCCGCAACCCUGAUGGACCACGGGGCUCUAGUGGACCAUGCGGCAGCCGACGGUGCAACCUCGCUCCAGCAACCAGGUUUGUAG